CCAGCCACACGCCGCUUUCCUUCUCAUCUAAAGUGUGUUACAUAAAAUACAAGGAGCCGAGUAGUGUUGGUGUGGCCCAGCAUUUAACCAAUACAGUGUUUAUUGACAGAGCUCUUAUUGUUGUCCCAUGUGCAGAAGAUGACUAGAGUGGCCCAGGCGUUACAGUACUACACUAGCCUGACUCAAGGCUUUGUUUUCCAAGCCACUAAACCCGCUGGGGCCCACGCUGCCUUCAAGGGGGGAUUGUGACCAGGAGCGUAGCCGCUGAACCUUCCAAGAUGGACACCUUGUCUCUUUUUUUUUUUUCUGUUUCUUUUCCUUUUGUCUCUUUUUUUUUUGUUUGUUUUUUGUUUUUCUCUGACAUUGUGUCUUGUUUGCCUCUUAGAAGAGGCUCUUGCAUAUUUCAUUGUUGUUUCUUUUUCUUUUUGUUUUGUUUUUUUUUUUCUUCUGUCCCCAAGUCCCUACCAUUCCUCCUCUUCCCUAUGCAGUUGUCCACUUUUGCGUGUCUCUCAAAGCUGUCCAGGUUGGCAUCCAGUAAUGGAGGGGAAUUUGAACGGUACACAGGCAGCCGUGGCUGGCGAUUAAUUCUGAUGUCUAUGUCUAAUCUCCCUCUCCCUCUCCCUCUCUCUCUCUCUCUCUCUCUCUCUCUCUCUCUAUCCUCUUUUUCGGUAUUGCCAUGCUUUCACUUUGACUUAAGGAUCCUGUAUGAUAACCGGGAAUAUUCUUUCAGCUUAGCGUUAUGGUCGAGCACUAUUUUAAUUUGAGUUAACCUUUACUUAAGGACUAAAGAAGUUACAGAUUAUUGCCUAUUUGCUUAAGAGGAAUCACAAUUUUUUUUAAUUGAACCAAUUUCAAGUCUAAUCUAUCCAUGCGCUUUCCUUACCCAGCACUAUCAAUUAUUAGACAAUCUUUCACUCAACGCAUGCAAGAAUUAAUUUUACAAAUUUAAAAAAAUUAAAUUAAAAAAAAAAAAAAAAAAAGAAGGAAGCUGCUUUUAUUUAUUUAUUUAUUUUUCCCCGAGUUACAGUUUUGGGGGGAUGGGAUUUUUUUAAAGACAUUUAAAAUGUUCUUCUCUUCUGUAUCUGAUGUUCUGUGUGCUAUUAGUGAUGCAGCCAACAUGAACGGUUGUCUUGUGUUGCACACCCUUUCCAACACUGCGACACGAUUGCCCCACGGAGAAAAGCGCCCAUGCUUGAUAUCGUAUGGUUCAUGCCCAUUAUGUUUCCAGUACAGGAAAGAUCCCAGAGGAAGCCAAGGCUCUGUCCCUUCUGGCACCUGCAGCCCCAGUGCCCAGUUUGAUGCCCGGUGGAGGACUGCUGCCCAUCCCGAGCCCUGCCCCGCUGCAGAAUCAGUUGGGUUUGCCGCUGGCAGCCCGGGGCCCGCUGCACCUUGGGCUCGACUCUUCGCUGAGCGCCAUCUCUUCUCAACCCCCCAUCAUGGGCAACGUGGACCCUUCCAAAAUCGACGAGAUCCGCAGGACGGUGUACGUCGGCAAUCUCAAUUCUCAGACCACCACGGCAGAGCAGCUGCUGGAGUUCUUCAAGCAGGUCGGUGAGGUGAAGUUUGUGCGCAUGGCAGGAGAUGAGACUCAGCCGACUCGCUUUGCCUUUGUCGAGUUCGCCAACCAGGACUGUGUGGCCCGAGCGCUCGCCUUCAACGGAGUCAUGUUUGGAGACAGACCUUUAAAGAUCAACCAUUCCAACAACGCCAUUGUGAAGCCUCCGGAGCUGACUCCUCAGGCUGCUGCUAAAGAACUGGAGGAUGUGAUGAAGCGUGUGAGAGAGGCUCAGUCCACCAUAGCAGCAGCCAUCGACCCAGCUGAGGGCAAAAAGCGCUCAUCCAGCAGAUCCAGGAGAUCAAGAAGAUCCCAUUCCAAAUCUCGCUCUCAUUCACGUUCUCGCUCACAACGGAAACACUCCCGAUCCAGACACACGGGCCGGCCAUCGCAGCGGUCAUGGCGGAGGACGAGUGACUCGCACAAGAGACGCUCCAGAGACAGGAAAUAUAGCCGCUCACACUCCAGAGAAAGACGCAAAGACAGGGAUGGGAAGAUGAGGAGGGGGGAUGAUGCUGAUGACAGGAGAAGGGACAAAAAGGGAAGAACGCCUUUGAAAGGUUACAGACGAUCCUCGAGAUCCCCCAGCAACAGCAGAGGACACAGAAAGAGGAGCAAAUCACGCUCCAGAUCUGUAAGGAAGAAAGCAAGGUCUCCAUCACCAAGGAGAGAAAAGAAAGACAGGAGGAGAGAACACGGGCGUGAAAGCAGUAGGGAGUGGAGAGCGAGAUCAACAUCCAGGAGGAGGAGCAGAGACUCAGACAGGCAGGCGAGCAAAGCUAAGUUCAAACAGACGGAGAGUGGGUACAAGCAGAAGGAACAGGACUACGAGAGCGAUGGUGAGGACAUGGGAUCAGGUGCCAGUGAAGACUUUUCUCCUCACGCCCAUCACAACGGCGAGUACAGCAGCAUGCACGCAGACGAGGGCGAGGAGUUCUCCACAGCUGAGUGAACCGGAUAAGACCCACUAACUGGACUACGGAGAGCUGACACUUCAGCGGGGUUCACAUACUUGAAAUGUUCAUCUUCCUCUUUGUACAGUGUUUUCUCUCUUUUCUCUCCAUCAUGUUGUUAGAUUCUUAGAACUGUUCUUUUUUUCGUGCUAAUUAUAUGAGAGCUAUAUUGAAAUAUACUGUAUGCUUGUGUAUAUAGAUCAGGAUUUCUAUUUCCUUUCUUCUGUUUGUCAUUUUUAGAUAUGAAGCUCCUCACGGACCUGCCUCAGUACUCUUCACAAUAUCUAAUGUUCUGACUUUUUACUAGAAUCCAGGGGAUAAUUUCUUUUUGACUCUUAUUUACGUAGUUAUGCAAACGCCCUCAGUUAUUAAGAGAAUAACCUUAGUAAUUACCUGUUAAAGGAAAUAUGCGGGGGUGGGGUGGGGGGGGGAGACACCUAGUACGUAAAAAGUGCCUGGAAAAAAGUUGCACAUAUUAUGUAUAACUGUAAAGCAUAGAUAUAGCUUGUGCAUUUAUCUAACUCAUUAACAAGGCUGGUAGUCAGUGCUUUUUAGAUGUAUUUUUUGCACAGUAUUUUGCAUAAACCAGUAAUUAAUGAUGAGGUAUACAGUACUUUUACUGUACAGUGUUAUUAAUCCAUCCAUCAGAUUUUUCAGCAGUUUUUUUUCUGUCAUGUUUUAUGUGCGGGUCUUUAAAUUUGAAGUAUGAAUUGGUGACGUCUGACUGUAAAAAAAAAAAUAUAUAUAUAUAUAUAUAUAUAUAUAUAUAUAAAUAACUGAUUUGAGUUAUGCAUUGUCUUAUCCAAGUUUGGGAACAUUACAAUUCUGAAAAUUAUUUUUUAUAUGGUUUUGUUUUGUCAAAGAUGUAGUUUGGUCAUACAUGUGUAUAUAUAGUUGAGUGCAGAUGUUCGCAAACCCUUAGGACAAAAUGACGGUUAAAUGAAAAUAAGAAAAACAUCUUACAGCAAAGUGUGUUAAUUUCAGUAAUGAAGGUUUGUCUGUGAAAUCCUAACGAAAAUGGUCAAAUAGCAUAUGUUGUGACAUUAAUGGGGGGUGGGGGUUUGCAUUUCUUUCUACAUGUGUGAUAACUGACCUCUACAUUGUCCUCUAAUCAAUUCUGGAGUCACUGGAAAUUUCUUUUUAACUGUUUUGAAGUGUUUUAUUGCAGGAUGUGCCCACAUUUCCUAUUUCCCUUCCUAGAAUUGUAUUUUGUUGAGUUGUAAAACAAAGAUACAUUUUCCUUUUUUUUUUUUAAACAUUUUUUAACACUGAAAAACAUAGGGGGUGCAAACUUUUCAACUCUGCUGUACGACUAUUGAAACUAUUGAGACUAUUGAUGUGUGUGUGGGGGAAAAAAAAAAAAAAACAGAAAGUGAUGGUUCUUAACCUAUAUUCUUUUGUGCAGUGUGAUUCUGUGGAUACAUUUGACCUAUUUUUGGAAAAGAAAACGAACAUUUAAAAUAAAUAAAUAUUCCCUAAUACAUAUUAAAGAUGAUGAUUAUACUUUAAA